AUGGAAUCCACAAAAACAACAAAAGAAACAUCAACAGAAACUACAAGUGAAGGACUAAUACCGGACGACACGACGCAGAUUUGGGUCUUCGAUGGAAAGGACCCUGACGCACCCAUCCCUACCAAGGAUCCGUCUAUUUCCAAUUUGAGGAUCUCCCAGGCAUGUGGUUCAUCGGCUUCCUCCAGGCUUCCAUCGCCCUGGGCCAAAGCAAAUACGAUACAAAAAAAAAAAAAAAAAGGGACGACUAAAGAGCUGGAGAGGACAACAAAGACGCGAAACUACUGCACGGAAUUCCUGCCUACAUGGAGCUCCAAGGAGGAUCAGGGGCUGAGACGGGUCAGGUGGUUAUUUAUGAAAGGUCCAUACCCCUACACAGGAUCGGCCUGGUCUUCUCGGAGGUCGUAUCUCAAGAUUUAGAUUUAAUUUUGCUUGGACUCGGCGCGAUUUAAUUAUACAUAAGCUAUUGGUUAUUUAUAUCAUAUUUAUAAUUUUUUUAUCAUCGUUUACGUGUUUUAGGUUUUAUCGUCUUUCAAAUAAAUAUUUGUGUGUUUGUUUAUGGCAUGCUAAACGCCACUAAAAUAAAUAAAUAAAUAAUUACA